AUGAUUGUUUAUGUAAAUUCCAAAGGAUAUUGGAAUAAACUCAUUUAUAAUGAUAAUUCUUGUUUAAAAACAUCAACUCCUAUAAAUAAUGAUUCAUUCUCUGUAUUUAUAAUGAUUAAAGAUCGAUUCUCUUAUAAAGAAACAUUAAAAAGUUAUAUUAAUAUUUUAUACGAUAAUUCAAAACAAUUAAAAGAACAACCAGAAUUAGUAUUAUUUGAUUUUAAUAGUCGUAUUCCUGUGCAAAUUCCUUCACCACACAAUAAUAUAUCUCAAUAUCCUAAUAUUAAAUUGAUUCGAUUUGAAUGUUUAAUUCCUUGUAUUUCUAAAGAUCAAACCUGUGAUUUAUGUCCUUAUCCUUAUUCUUAUUUUAAUUAUUGGAUUGCAUUAGCUUUAUCUGUAUGUCAUCUUAAAUACGAUCGAAUUAUGCAUUUUGAAAAUGAUUUGUAUCCAACUAAUCCUUUUAAUUUAUAUAAUUAUAGAGGUCCACAAAGUUGGACAUUUCGAACUCAUGAUAAAUAUUAUACUUUUAGUUUUUCAACAUCUCGUAAAAUUUUAAUCGAAUUUUUAUAUGUAUUACCUGAUUUUCUAGUAGAAGAUCCACAUUCUUCUUUAGGUUCUGAUCAACUUUUUAUAUAUUAUUCGAAUCUUACAAGAUGUCCAGAAUAUCUGACACAUCUUGAACAUGAAGGAGGAAUGAAGGAUAGUGAACCUUUUAAAUCACGUAUACGAAGUCAAUGGCGAUUAUAUUUAUAUUUACAACGAUAUGGUAAUCCUUCUGGAGGAAAUAUUCGAAAAGGUGGUAUUGGAGGAAAUAAUCAAGGAUACUAUUGUAGUGAUAAAACUAUCACUUGCAAUUUUAAAUUUCGUAGAUUUACUAGCCUUUGGGUCAACAAUAGUAUUGCGUUAUAUAUUUAUAUUGUGUUUUAUAAUGAUAAUUGUUUCAUUAUAUGGAUUUGGGCGUAA